CCUGAUAGAUUAAAGAAAAUACUCAUUGAGCAGCGAAAUAUGGCUCGGAUACAGCUUCUGGUCCUCUUUCUCUGCUCCGUUUCCUUCCCUUCCAGGCUCUUCGUCGCUGCCGUAAGGCGAACCCCGGCAAACAGCAUCACCGUCCAAGGCGUCGUCUACUGCAAGAUGUGCCAGCUCCCCGGCUAUGUCAAGUCCCUCGACGCCUCGCCUCUCCCUGGUGCGGUCGCUCAGCUGCGAUGCAACAACGGUGGUCGCAAGAAUGCGGCUUUGUUGAUAGCGGCUACGACCGAUGUGAGAGGGUACUUUAAGAUUCAAACGACAAAGGUGACAAGCGCAAUGGCGCGCAAUUGUCGGCUUUUCCUCGUGUCCUCGCCGUUUCAAGGGUGCAGCAUUCCGGUUUACGCGGAUGGCGAAGGGGCUGCCACGGGCUUCCCGCUCAAGUUUGAGACAAACGCCGCAGCAGGCGGAGCUGCCGCGAAAGCGAUCUUUGCCGCCGGGUUCUUCGAGUUCGCUCCGGUCGACAUUGCUUCGUGCCCCCACCACCCUUGAUCGCUGAAGCACUGCUGCACUGGCCCGGAGCCGUGACAGAGUGAAUAAGCUGAGUCGAGUUUGCUUGUCUCCGUACGUAGUUUGAGCUCCUGCAGAUAAAUAGCUUUAAUUGUAGUAAUAAUAUGGUUUUGGUUAUUGGUGAGAGGACAAUGACAGUGUAAUUCAAUCACCGUCCCUUUAAUGCACUACUAUCUAGCUUAUUACCUUGGAAGCAA